AUGUCGGACUAUGCAUCUGUGUGUUCGACUUGUCCGAGGUUGGGGAGGGGAAAGUUAGAUAUGGGGACGGCUUCCUUUGGUACAAAGGCGAGUGCACAAUUAGAUUGUCGGAAUGUAAAAGGCCACAAUAACCUAAAUGCUGCAGUCAUCUUUCGUCUGACUGUCUUUCGACCAUUUCCCUCCGAGGUCAUCCUGGCAAAAGUAAAGUCCUCAGACGAGGAUGGAAUAAGACUAACAGUAGGUUUCUUUGACGACGUGUAUGUUCCCCUCAUAUACCUUCCGGAACCAUCCGCGUUCGACCCAAAUGAACGGGCACAUUUCUGGCUCCCGGGAGCCGAAGGAAAAUCAUCACAUGAACUCCUUGAUUCUGCCACAGCUGAUCGAAUGUACGUGGAUACAGGAGAGGUUGUCCGGGUACGAGUAGAAGCCGACGAGUUUUACGAUGAUGAACCUGGGCCACCCAAAGCGACAGAGGGUGUCCAACAGGCGCAGGCCGAGGGGCGAAGACCUCCAUAUACAAUCACUUGUUCGAUUGCGGAGCAAGGCUUAGGUCCCAUUACCUGGUGGAAAAACGCUGGCGUUGAAAUGGACGAAGGAUGA